CGACGGCAGUAAUGGCGGCAAUGGAAUGAAUGGUUUCCUUCCCUUGAGCUGUGAUAAAUUUAGCCGAGACAGGAGAAAGGUUGAAGAAGAAGAAGAAGAAGAAGAGCCCGCGAGGGCCCAACAAUAUGAUACGUGUAAGGAUAUGAUUCCCGGGCAAAAAGUAGCCACAUCACAUGGGAUUGCUCUUUAAAUACGCACCCUUUUCCGGAAGAGCGCCAUGGCCUCCACCACCAGGGCUGCAUGCCUCGACCUUGGAUUUUGAUAUGCUGCUUUCAUGGAGAGCGAUCGAGGGAGGGGAAAGGCGCGAUCUUGAUGGGUUUUCUCUGGUCAAUUUUGGAGUCUUAAGAUUCAAGUUCGACCUUUUUCGUUCUUUUUUGGGUCCAGCCGAUUUAGGGUUUAACUGGGGUCAACUGGGAUCGAGCGAGUACGCAGUGUUCUGUUCUUGCUCCAACAAUCGAUUUCCUAAAAAGUGUUCCUUUGAUCUGAAAAGAUUGAAGGAAGUGGCGUACUGUGAACAAUCUGUUCGUGUUUUUCGUCGUCUUGUUUAAAUUUCCAAUCUUUUUGAUCGUUCAAAGUUGCGCAGCAGCGGAGCAGGGGACAAGAAGAUUCAGUACCAAGCCCCCGGGUUUGGCGAACGCUAUGCUGAGGAAGAAAUCGGUGAAAACAAGCCCUAAUGUCCGAUCCCCACUCUUCCAAUAGCAGCUGCUGCAACAAGUCUAGAGCUUUCUCAAUCUUCUCUCCAAGGCUCUUUGUGGGUGUCUCCUCAAGUAGCUCCUCGGACUCCGAGGCCACCAUGAGCCCGACCUCCAUACUCGAGACCAAGAGCUUGUCCUCGAUCGGGCGCCUGCUCCUCUCCGAUGCUACCAAAUCCAGUGGCACAGAGAGCAAACUACAUGCUCGAUCAUUUGGCGACACUGACGCCGUCGGGCUCAGCAUCAUCGACGCUCUCAACGAGGAGAAAUCUACUAAAGCUUUCCCCAAUUCGGAGAGCAGAAGGGUGGUGUUUGGGUCGCUUCUCAAGGUCCAAAUUCCUUCCCUUUGCCCCGGCUCAAUGUCGCCAGUCGGAUCCCCGAUAGAGUUUGGCGUCAAGAACAAAGAAUCCCAACUAGCUCUGCUCUCCCCUGCCCAGAGUUCUCUAGGCUUGGAGAUGACGACUUCUUCUGCUUGUAGGGUCUUUGCCAGGAGCAUCUCUAUGAGUGAGAUGGAACUCUCGGAGGACUACACUUGUGUGAUAUCUCAUGGUCCAAAUCCAAGAACCACUCACAUUUUUGACAAUUGUGUAGUGGAGAGCUGUGGGGAUGGGUUCACUGCUUCCAUCGAAACCAACAGCUCUACACCGACUGAUCGCCGAGGCCAUCUUAGCAAUGAUUUCUUGAGCUUCUGCUAUGCAUGCAAGAAGGAUCUUGGGCAAGGGAAUGACACCUUCAUAUACAGGCUCUGUUUGUUCACUGUCGAGGGGACCAACUCUUCCUGCAGCAUUGAAUCACAGAGCAUUUGUUCUUAUCCAUCACAGUUAGCGCAGUGGGGCAUUCAACCAUACCUCCUCUUUCUAGCCGCUCCUGGAAUCCAUGGUGGCGAUUCAACCGACUGUCCGAUCGACGAGGAACCAAAGAAAUCAGUCGCGAAUCCUGCUCUGAUGCUCAAUCAAUCGCCAUAA